AUGAAAAGCGAGGAGCAAGUACAUAACAAUAACGAUUCCAAAAACGGUCCAAGUCUCAAAGAUCCGAUACCUUUUGAUCUAACAGUGGAGAUUCUCACUAGAUUGCCCGUAAAAUCUCUUUUGAAGUUUCAAUAUGUUUCGAAGACGUGGUGUUCCAUCAUCCGAAGCAAAGAUUUCAUUAAUUCGUCGGUCUACAUGCGCUCAACGCCGCCAACAUCACGGCUUCUAAUCUCUUUCAAAAACGGUCAAUUAACCCGUAAAAAUGCUGAAAAGCGUUUGUUCUUCUUUACUUCUUCACAAGAGCAAGAUCAUGAAUCUUCUUCUUUGGUAGCAAACUUGGAAACGACAAUGGCUUCCAUGGACGCGUAUUUCCACCCACGGUGCGCUUCCGUCAAUGGUUUUAUCUGCCUUUCUCAUAAAGGUCGGUUCAUGGUAUGUAACCCUAGCACAAGACAAGUUAUAACCUUGCCCGAAAUAGCGGGUAAUGAUAUGAAGUCUGCUUAUAAAUACUUGGGAUACGAUCCGGUUAAUGAUCAAUAUAAAGCAAUGUGUAAGAUUGCUUCAAGUUCUGAGGAAGAUCAAGAGCACGUAGUUUUAACACUUGGAUGUGACAAGAAACCUUCGUGGAGACAUAUUGAAGGCGUUAACAAGAGUUAUCACCCUUUAACAAAGGGAAUAUGCAUCAAUGGGUUUGUGUAUUAUGGCGCUAUUACUCCAACACAAUAUAAGAAAAAUGAUCGAGUGAUUGUGUGUUUUGAUGUUAGAUCAGAGAGGCAAAGAUUUAUCAACCUACCUUCAACGGACAACAUACAUUGGGACUCUACUUCAACUUUGAUAGACUACAAAGGAAACUUGGCUAAUGUUAAUAUUGUCCGCUCGCGUGGUGAGACAAGUUUUAACUUUGAUUUUUGGGUAUUACGAGAUGCCAAGGAACAUGAAUGGUCGAUGAGAAGCUUUUCGUUUCGGAGAUGUUGGUGGGAUUAUUUAGGAGAAACUUCAAUAUUGUCUUUUCAAGGCACCAACAAGAUGGGAGAGAUUAUUCUCGCCCCAAAGUUUUUGCCACGUUCCGUUCGACCUUUUAACAUUCUCUACUUCAAUGUAGAAAGCAAUAUAUUUAAGGAGGUUAAAGUAGAAGGAGUUGCAGAUGAUGAAGAAUUUAGACGUCGAUAUGGAAUUGGGAACAAUGAUAAUUGCCACCUAUAUAUCUCACCGGAAGAACAUGGAGCAAAUUUUACGUUUUUAUAA